CAGAGCGGAAGAAAGUUUGUUAAAAUCGGCAUCGCUAAUUUCGCGAAACUCAGUGUCACUCGUGUUUUCCAUAGACUGUGAAUCCGCGGACAGCAGUUGGGCUGAGUACGGGGCACCGGAGGUUAGAGAAAUGGCUGCUGCAGUGCCUGACGAAGUAGUUCAUCAACUCCUGGCUGUGAUACAAGCGAAUCCAGCCGGGGUUUCCAAUGAACACAUAGUUAAACAAUUGCCGGAACUCUCGGGAGAGCAACGUGUUGGCGCCCUCAAUAAGCUGCUACAGCAAGGCAUGUUAGAUCUUUUGAGAAAAGGUGAAGUCCUAUUUUACCGCGUGAAAGAUCCGAAGAAGAGCACAGCCCCAAAAGGUGCCGACAAUGAAGAAAAAAUCGUCUACAACAUCAUCGAAGAGGGUGGAAACAAAGGAAUAUGGAUUCGGGACAUUCGCUUGAAAAGUAACUUGAACAUGACCCAACUGAACAAGAUCCUGAAAAAUCUGGAAAACAAGAAACUGAUCAAAGCGGUGAAAUCUGUGAAUGCCAGCAAAAAGAAGGUUUAUAUGCUCUACAACUUGGAUCCGGAUCGGUCUAUAACUGGCGGGGCGUGGUACCAAGACCAAGAUUUCGAAUCUGAGUUCGUUGAUGUUUUGAACCAACAAUGCCUACGAUUUCUGCAAAUGCGGCGCGAUGCUGCGAAGGAGAAACGAGAUGGGCCGCUACUAACGAAGCAAAUGUCCUGCUGCAGCGUGAAAGAUGUUCACAAAUUUAUAUCAGAAUUAGGAAUAAGUAAAGUUAGCUUGGACGAGGACGAUUUAGAAACGAUUCUGAAAACAGUCGUGUUCGAUGGCAAAGCAGAACGGAUAAUGCUCGCAAAUGGAUCGUACGUCUACAGAGCGGUCGAGCAACCUUUACCUCCUCCAGGUAUUGUAAGAACUCCGUGCGGCAUUUGUCCUGUAAUUAAAAAUUGUUCAACAUGUGGUCAAGUGACGCCGAUUGUCUGUCAGUAUCUUAAGGAUUGGUUGGACUAGGUUGUCAUUGUUAAUUCCUAUGAGUGGCAUAGCGGGUCAACCACCGUCGCUCUUUGCUAAAUGAUAAUCGUUAUUUGAUAGAGAU